UUGCGGUAACUAAACCAACCACCACCACCACCACCACCACGACGUCCUCUUCUCUUUCUUCUCUCUCUCUCUCUCUCGAAAUGGGAAACCUUGACAAAGGAAUUGCAGCCAUAUCCCCGGUUGCUGUUGCUUCUCCUUUCUCUUAUUCUCCUUGUUCAUCUCCUUCCCCAUCUUCCCAGUCUUCUCCUGGUCUUGAUCCUUCUCUUUCUCAGUCUUCUCCAACUCCUGCUCCUCCUCCUUCUGUUGUUCUCAGCCCUUGUGCUGCAUGCAAAAUCCUUCGCCGGAGAUGCGCCGAGAAAUGUGUUCUAGCUCCUUAUUUUCCUCCUACCGAACCUUACAAGUUCACCAUUGCUCAUAGAGUCUUUGGAGCCAGUAACAUCAUCAAGUUCUUGCAGGAACUCCCUGAAUAUCAGAGAGCAGAUGCGGUAAGCAGCAUGGUUUAUGAAGCAAAUGCAAGGAUUAGAGACCCAGUUUAUGGGUGUGCAGGUGCAAUUUGCCAGCUUCAAAGGCAAGUAAAUGAGCUUCAAGCUCAACUGGCCAAGGCACAAGCUGAGGUAGCAAACAUGCAAUGCCAACAAGCCAAUUUGGUUGCUCUGAUUUGCAUGGAAAUGACUCAAUCUCAUCAUCAUCAUCAAGAACCCAUUUUGCAGCAGCAACAAUAUAUUGAUACAAGCUGUUUCCUAGAUGAGACCAAUUUUGGCACAUCCUGGGAGCCUCUAUGGACAUGAUGAGAGAGAGGAACAAAAUACAAAAUUAUUUAAAUCCUUCAAAGGGGUAUGAGAAAUUGAAAAAAAAAAAAUCAAGAAAACAAAUAUAUUCAAUAAAGUCGAUUUAAUUAGUUAUGGUUAGAUAUGAGUCAGUAAUUAUUUUCUAUUUAGUCUAAAAUCGACUAGUGGAAACCUUUGAAAAAGAAACUGAUGUUGAUGGGGCGGCUUUCUUACUUGUAUUCAUUAAUUUUCUAAGGUAUGGAAAGGAGAGGCAUAUAUUUAUAUUCAUAACACAAAGGAGCUAAUGCUAGCUAGAUAGAGAGAGAGAUGGUGAUUUGCGCUCUAAUUAUUCUUGAAUCAAAGAACUUUUAUAUAUUGGUGACCUAA